CUUCCCGAGGCGUUCUUUUCAAUUACUGCAAACAACAAGGCUCUUGUAGGGUUUACCUACAGGGCAGUUGACAAUGCCGAUUGGUUAGAUUGCAUCCAAGCUUGCCAGACUGAGGUCUCUUGUAUUUCAUACAAUUUCUGGCAAGGGAGAUGCGAGCUUAAUAAUUGUGGCUUUGAAGACGGAUGUAGUGCAGAAAGCACUCUGCUGAUAUGGGUUCCUGGUUCAACUUUUCAACAGUUAGCUCCCAUUCAGGUAGGUCACUCUACAAGGUAAGGUAAGGUAAUCUUUUUUUAUGCACGGUGUUACAAAUUCAUCAGACAUGAAAUAUUAUAAAAAAAAUUAAAAGCUUAAUUACAAUUACUGGGUUCCGCUAAAUACAGUAUUAAAAUUAUUCAAUUAAGUAUAUACGAGAAAAAGCCUGUUUUACAUGAAUGCGAUGCCUUACUUGAUAUUAUCAUAACUGUGCAGACGUGAUUUGAAAUUACGAAGGGAUUCUGCUUGCCUUUAGUUAACGUUUCAGGAAGACUAUUCCACAGAACAGCACCACCGUAGCGAAAACUAUUACGGAGACAAUUUGUGUAUGGCUGUGGAAUAUAGUUAAUUUAUUUAUAUAAUCUCGAAAAUUGUAUGAAGGAGUAUUAGAUCGAGCAUUAGAACGGUGAGGUGACAUCUUUUAUCUUUUAGUCUUUUUGCUAUUUGUGUGUAUUCUAUAAUAGCUAUUAUUAUUUCUUUUUUUAUUAUUAUUAUUUCUUUCUGCUCUUGCCCUCUUCUGGAUAUUACCUUCACCCUUAUUUGCCGAUAUUAUUUUACCUGAAGUACAGAAAUAAGACAUCCUUUUAAUUUUCUCUCCAUAUGGAUCGAACCCAUUUUGAUCAAGGAAGGUCGUCUAAAAAUGGACUUUAAGUGUGAUCCCAUUGUAUCGCUCUUCUUUAAAUUCGCAGGAUGAAAAAUCAAGAUGCAAGGAUAAACGGGAAAGCUUGAAAAAAGAUGGAAGAGGUAAGAAAAAUCUUGCAUGGCCGUUUUUAGUUUUUGAGUUCCCAAAAUGGUUUUAAGUUGUGGUUUUUUUUUCUUUUUAAAUUCUAACGAGUGAAAAUGAAUGAGUUUUACAGAUAUGUUAUUGAAUUUAGAGGUUGCCAAAAGGCGUUGAGGAAGGGGAACAGGGGAAAGUCGAUACACGAGAACGCGAAGAAUGCGCGCGGGAACCAGAGGGUGCAAGCGAAAACGCAAAAGGGUACUCGCUUAUAAGAGCAAAGGCUAAACGAGAAAACCGGGGAGGCGCCAAGGAUGUGCGCGGGAAGCCAAAGGGUGCACUAGAAAUAUUAACACACAUCAACUCGUUCACUGACGUAGUAACCGGAUCUACUUCUUUUCUAAUUUUUAGUUAUGAUAAACGCAAGCUUUAGCUGCACACAUAACAUGUCAGCCUACGUGGAUGGCGAUUUUGUGACAUUAAUGAAUUCAAGAAAACCAGUGAAGGAUAUCGACUGUGAACCCCAAGCUAUUAACUUCGCAAUCCCUAAUUCCACCCGAGUCGUUGCCAUAGCAGCAACGGGCAGACAGGCUUCGAUUAUUGGCUCAUUUAGUGAUGGUGUCGUCACAGACUCCACGUGGAAGUGCAACUCACAAAAGGAGCUUAAGUGGGCCCUUCCUGAGUUUAAUGACGAUCUCUGGAAAGCAGCAGAAGAAACUUCACCUACGAAAGGAGGAACUAACGGAAUAACUGAAAUUUCCUCCAAGGCAAAGUGGAUCCAUAUCACUGAAGAUGAUUCCACGCAAAAUAUGUAUUGCAGACUAAGUCGUAAAAUAGGAUCUCUGAACUAG